ACGACCCGAAAAUCGUCACAAUCAAACUACAAGCUGCUCAGAACCGUCUGGAGGAGUUCUAACAAAAGUGGAGGAUCAAAAUCAACCCUUCCAAGACGCAAGCCAUCUUCUUUACGCGCCGAAGAGCGCCCAAGUACCUCCCGAGUUCCAAGGUCAAAGUCUGCGGCUUGGAGGUGGACUGGUCCAAAGAGGCCAAGUAUCUAGGCCUUGCCCUAGACACCGGGCUUCGCUACGACAAGCACAUCGACCAGACGCUCAAAAAGUGCAAAAACCUGACGAAGGCUCUCUACUCGCUGGUGAACCGACGCUCCCGAUUACAACUCCACAACAAACUGUUGCUGUACAAGUGCGUUUUCCGUGCAGUCCUGACGUACGGAUCUCCAACGUGGAAAACCUGCGCAGCUACCCACCGCAAAAAGCUUCAAAGGAUGCAGAAUAAAUUGCUGAAGAUGAUCUACAACCUCGAUCCGUGGCACCCCACCGAUGAUCUCCACCAGCUUGCCGAACUGGAGACGAUCGACCAGUUUAUCGAUCGCUUGUUCCAGAAGUUCCGGACCAGCUGCCAGAUGUCGGACAACCCACUGAUAGAAGCCAUCCUUCCCCUUUAAUGAAGCGGAACUCAACCCCACCACUCGUCUGUGAUAUUAGUUUUAAGGAACCCCACGUUUCGAUCUCACUAGGUUUUUUGGCCAAAUUUUCCCUAGUUUUUGUUUAAUUGCAUUCGAAGAACCUUCUGUUACCAAGCGGUUAUUGAAAAGGAAAUAGUUGCAAGGAACACCAAAUCUCUAUGAACCAGUCAUUCACACAAGUUGUAAAAUUGUUAUUUCGGUAAAUAAA